AUGGACUGGCCGACGUUUCGUAUGCGGAAUGCGGAAGUGCAGGAAAGGUGCUGCAAGCCUGCGGCCGAGACGCUUUACUUCCACUACGGAGUCGAUUUUCCGUACUCUCCGAGAGUACAUGGUUUUCUGUGCCCUGAGUCAGUCCUUCAGAAAGAAAACGCUAAUGAAUUGUUGCUGGUUCAGUCUUGUUCCUGGCUGACUUGGCAGGCUGUUGUUUCGUCUGACCGAACCUGCUUAUCACCCACUGAUCGUGUCAGAUGCUGUGCCGAAUCCAAUUGGAGAUCUGUAACUCUCAGCAGUGGAUGGCGGUCUUCGAUGAAUUACGAAUCUACACGGUUGUAUGCCAACCCACUUUACAGUGGCGAUGAAUUUGGACGUUGA